AUGCCGAAUAAGAAGAAGAAGGGAACCAAGAGGAAGAAUGCUGAUGAGUCGAAAGGUAAUGGCUCAAUUGCAGUCAGCAGUGGGUCUUCGUCGACAGUAUCCCAGCCGAAGGCCAGCAAUAGGAUCGCCAAGGCUUUGGAAGAGGGCAUCCAAGACGUCGAGGGCUUGCUACGAAGACCAAACGCUCCGAGACGGAGCUUUUCGGCUCCUCCAGACGACGCAUGUAUACAGAAGAUUCGAGAGUCCCUCCCUUCGGAUUUGGCGUCGCAUACAGGCCAUGUCCACAAAAAGAAACCCAGGCCAUUCCGGGAAAAGAAGCGGUUCAUCUUCGGCUUGGGCGCAUUUAUCGGUGUUUUGUUGGCCGUACUAUUCGCAAAACCACCUCAGGUUGACAACUCUAUGUGGGAGGUAAUGCUGGAAGCAAUGGAUAAUUCCGAUUGGGUCGAGGACAUUCGCGGUGUUCUUCCAUCCGGUCUCCUGAACGAAGCGAAGCGUAUGGAAGCAGCAUCGAAGGGCACGACCUUGAAAGGUGAUCCGUUCAGUGCAGGCAUAGCACUCGCUAAAGAAGGUGUCACUGCGAAACACCCGGUUGUGAUGGUCCCUGGAGUUAUCAGCACAGGACUGGAGAGUUGGAGCACGGGGGAGACAUGCGCGUUGCCCUAUUUCAGGAAGAGGUUGUGGGGAUCUUGGAACAUGAUGAGAGCAAUGCUGCUUGACAAGACGUGCUGGAUGGAUCAGUUGAAGCUUGAUCUGCAUACCGGACUUGAUCCGUCCAGUGGAGGGAAAAUCCGUGCGGCUCAGGGAUUCGAUGCAGCUGACUUCUUCAUCACCGGUUACUGGAUCUGGUCGAAAAUCAUUGAGAACCUUGCUGCUAUUGGGUAUGACCCAAACAACAUGCUGUCCGCCGCUUACGAUUGGCGUCUUGCUUAUGGUAACAAUGAAGCACGCGAUCACUACUUCUCAAAGUUGAAGAUGUAUAUUGAGUACAGUGUCAAAUUCAAUGAAGGGAAGAAAGCCGUGAUCACAGGGCACUCGAUGGGUGCGCAGGUCAUUUUCUGGUUCAUGAAGUGGGUCGAAUCCCCUUUGGGCGGCAAUGGCGGGCCUACCUGGGUUAACGAUCACAUCGAUUCCUUCAUCAAUAUCUCGGGUUCUAUGCUCGGUACACCUAAGGCCAUUGCUGCUCUGCUGUCUGGGGAAAUGAAGGACACGGCUCAGCUCAAUGCCUUUUCUGUGUACGGCCUUGAGAAGUUCCUCUCCAAACAAGAACGAGCCGACCUCCUUCGAUCGUUUCCUGGGAUUGCGAGUAUGUUACCGAAAGGAGGCGACGCUGUAUGGGGAAAUGAGACCUGGGCUCCUGAUGACAUUGACCCAGAGACCGGCGAGGAGAGAAGCGGCGAAGCCAGUUAUGGGAGCUUUAUCAACUUCAGGCCGGAGAAUACGGAAACGGGCGACAACCUUGGCCUGAGAAAUCUGUCUCUUGCCGCGUCCUUCGAUUAUCUCAUGCAGCAUACGCCUCAUUCAUUUCACAGGAUGCUUGCAACAAACUACUCGCACGGCGUCGCUCACACUGCGGCCGACGUUGAGGCUAAUAAUCAUAAUCCCGCUAAAUGGAUCAACCCUCUUGAAGUCUCUUUACCGCAUGCGCCAGAUAUGAAGAUCUACUGUCUAUAUGGUGUCGGAAAGCCUACGGAACGCGGAUAUUGGUACACAGAAGACUCGACACCUGGAGCUCAGGUUCCGAUCGAGAAGGCACCCGCUGAAGAGAAAUGCCCAUGCAUGAACUCCUCGCAGGCCAUUCCGAAAGAAUUCCCUUGGAAGAGGCCAACAUGGAUUGACAAUACUGUCAACAUUCCUGACAUGAAUGUCGACCAUGGAGUUAGAAUGGGAGAGGGUGACGGGACGGUGAGUUUAAUCAGUACGGGAUACAUGUGCGUGAAAGGAUGGACCAUUCCAAGAUACAAUCCGGCGAACGUCAGUGUUAUCACAUAUGAGAUGCUUGAUCAGCCAGAUCGAUUUGACAUUCGGGGUGGGCCAAGUACGGCGGAUCAUGUCGACGUUUUGGGACGAGCUGAACUGAAUGAGUUCAUCCUUCGCAUCGCUGCCGGAGAGAGUAUACCCACCAAAAUCAUCAGCAGGAUCAAGGAGAUUGCCGAGCGGGUGCAUAUUUCCUAA